UGUAAGUUGUACAGAUGCGCUAAGCGUUGAUUACAGACCGCUCCGAACGACAGGAAAUAAUACCAACCCAUAUUCUUGUUCUUUAAGUCUAGUUUGGCGAGGAUCUAAAAGCAAAGCAAUGACUUCUUUGCCGACUGUCGUAUCUCCAUUGCAAGCAAGUGGAAUUGGCCGCGAGUUACUCUUGGACGAGUACAUGCUGGGGAGAAGACGACAGAGACGAAAUAGAACAACAUUCACUCCGCAUCAACUCGCAUCCCUCGAGGAACUAUUUUCUAGGACGCAUUACCCUGAUAUAUUCGUCCGCGAGGAACUUGCAAAUGAAGUUAACUUAACAGAGGCAAGGGUUCAGGUAUGGUUCCAAAAUAGACGGGCAAAAUGGCGUAAGGAUGUCCGCCUGAGGUAUAACCGUGACACAUGGAGGUCUCGCCCCUUAUCACUAUCUCCAGUCUCAAAUCCAUGGGCAUCAACAGCCGCGCCCUCUAUAGCUAGCAGCCAAGGCUUGGGUACAACAGCCUCUGCUGAGAUGAUGUAUACAGAAACAAUGAGAGUGGCCCAGUCUUGCUUCAGAGAAAGUUUUUCAGCAGCGGCUGCAUUUCACCACCGUGCUACCCAUCCUUGUCUGCCUCUGUGUACCUGUGCAAUCGGCUUAGCAGCGAGGCCUGGUGUAGCAUGCACCAGCCAUUGUGCUGCACACUCGACACCCAGUGUACCAACCGCGGCAGAUUUCCCGGCAAAGCCAGGCACUAAAAGACCACCAUUGAGCAUGCACCCAUGGGUACCCUUACUUGGUCCCCGGAAUAACGACAAAGUUAAUUCAUAUGACGACGAUGAUGUUACGGAAGAUGAAAGCCCAAAUCUAACAUCAUCGGCGGCAACCAGAGACACUCCGAGUCCCAAAUAG